GAGUUUUUGUUGAGCAGAGAUCAGGGGGUAGUGCGUGAUCCUGCGUGUUUAGGAACCGCAGUGAAUAGAAAAGCAGGCUAAUCAUGAGUACACGGUCAGCUCAGUGUAGGAAACGGGGUCUAACCUUGACGAAGACUUAAAGCAGGAGCAAAGUCGUGAGCAUGCCCAGCGCUACGGUCCGAAGUUUAUGUGAAGUAGAGAAAUACCUCCAGAGCAGCAGCAGCAGCAGCAGCCGGACGAUGGACCGGAGUGCUGAAGGCAGUCUUCUGGGUAUCCCUUCAAUGCGCCGGGGCUCAUCAGAGAAUAACCUGGACUUGGACUUUGAUGGUUCAACGUUGGGCUGUGAGGUCCAACGUAGCCGCUCCUGUUUGGACAACCUGCAGCAGAAAAUCCUUAAAGUCACAGAGCAGCUGAAGAUCGAACAGACGGUGCGGGAUGAGAAUGUGGCGGAAUAUUUAAAGUUGGUCAAUAGUGCAGACAAACAGCAAAUGGGCCGUAUUAAGCAGGUUUUUGAGAAGAAAAACCAAAAGUCGUCUCAAAACAUUGCACAGAUGCAGAAGAAGCUAGAACAAUAUCACAAAAAGAUGAAAGAUAGUGAAAUCCAACAGACCACACCUCCGCAUCCUCCCAUGUUCAAACACAGCACUAUCCCCAGAGAGUCCUCCAGAGAGCUUUUAAAGGACAUUACAGGCAGUGGACGACACCCAACAAUGGACAAAAUCAAGACCAUAGGACCUGGUGUUUCUCUCUCCCCACCUUUCUUUUUCAGUAAGCCUAGAGAGUUUGCUAAUCUAAUCAGAAAUAAAUUUGGGAGCGCUGACAAUAUUGAUCACCUCAAGUCUCCAGCAGACUCCAAUUCUGCCCUUCCCACGGACAGCACAUCAAAAGGCCUCAGCAGUAGCACCUCCAUGGUCGGCAAGCCCAAGUAUCCCAGUGACGAUGAGUGCUCCUCAGGCAGUGCCUCUAUUUCGGACAGUAAUGGAAACACACCAGUGGCAGGAGGUGGUGCUACAGGGAGACUGGUGCAUGAUCAAGGUCCCGGACAGGAGCAGCAGAGCGGGGCAGAGGGUCAGGGCCGACUGGCCUUUUGUCUGGAGGAGGCAAGGGAGAUCAAAGAUGCCCAGAACCAGCUGGAGGAGGACCUGGAGGAACUGAAGGCGCAGUUCAAGAGGGAGUAUGAAGCACUCAAUGGCCUGCUGCUGGAGGAGAAGUACAGGUACGAGCAGCUGGAGGACCAACUCAAUGAUUUGACAGAGCUUCAUCAGAAUGAGAUGGCCAAUCUGAAGCAGGAACUGGCUAGCAUUGAGGAAAGAGUGGCCUACCAGGCCCAAGAACGGGCCCGUGACAUGCAGGAAGCGCUGGAGUCCUGUCAGACACGCGUGUCCAAACUGGAGCUGCAGCAGCAGCAGCAGCAACAGACGGUCCAGUUGGAGACCCAUGAUGCGCGGGUCCUGCUCGGAAAAACUAUCAACAUCAUGCUUGCUAUCAUCACCGUGAUUCUGGUCUGUGUCUCUACCGCUGCCAAAUUUGCUGCUCCCUUAAUGAGGAGUAGGCACCAUGUCAUAGCCACCAUUUUAGGAGUCUGCUUUUUGACCUUUUUCUGGAAAAACUGGGAGCGUUUGCAGCAUGUCAUAGACAGAAUGCUGCUUCCCGCCUGAUAAUAAAAGCACACAACACACAGUGUUGACUCAACAUACUGUCUGAAAUAGGAAUGUCCAACAGGAUUGGUUGUACAAUCGUCAAAAACACAUUCACCAUCCAUUUUACAGUUUUUUAAAAGUCUGAAUUUUUAUUAUUCCUUGUUUAGAACUUGAAUCUGAAUAGCUAAACAUUUUCUUUAUUCUUUUAUAAUUAUAAUAACAAUAUGGAGUAUCCUAUGUAGUACCUUGGAGUAUUUGAUUGGUUCUAAUCAAAUUUCAAUACACGCAUAAAAAGGGUUAAUAAUAUCCAUUUUACAGUAGUAAUCCAUAAAGCCUAAGGAUUUUGCCUAAUUUGGGUCAGAACAAUACAGAUUAAAUAUAUAACGGGUGUAAUAUUAUUUUUUUUGUGCAUUAAAAAUAUUACCAUUGAGGCUUAACACGCAAUAAAUGGACACCAAUUACUUUUACACAAUUGUCCACAAUGCUGCGUCCUUAAAAAAACUUUCUUCCAAGUCUUCUUAGUUUACUUUUAAAGUGCAAUAUAGAUUUGAUUCACAAAAGCACUAUUUUUGAAAAUGAUUCUUUCAGAAGUGUGUGUCAGAGUCAAGGAUUUAGCAGAGUGACAGGGUGUUGCUUUGGGGGGUGGGAGUGCAAGGGAUGUUGUCAUUAACAUUGGCAUGAUGGAUCCAUAACCACAGAAGCCACUGCUAGGCUAUGAUAAGACCAGCUGUCUCCUCUCUCAAGGGCCAAAAAUCAAUCCAACCGCAUUACAGCACUGCUAGCAUGUCCAUAUCACCGCAAGACACACUUCACUGGCUAUCUCACACACCCAGCCAAUACAAAACAGCGUAUGUUCAAGAGGAUCACUCUCAGGGCUACACAAUAUAGGAAAAAAUAUUCAGCUGAAUAUUAGAAAAUGAAGAGAAGUUUAGAUAUUUGAACGUAUUUUAGCACAAUAAUAACGCCAUAAAUUAGCACAAGUAGGUACUUUUUAGUCAAAACUGUUGAGGCCAUUUGAAACUAAAUAAUAACAGGACUGCUUAAUCUAACCUUUUUUAGUACAAUUUGUCAUGCUUUUUAUAUUGUGUAGCCCAAAAAACACGUCCAUUUCUUUUGUCCUAUUUAAAUGUCAAAAUAAUGUGAUUUUGCAUUCAUACUGUGAUAAAAGGCCAUCGCCUUUAUACUCCAUUGAUGAAAGAUGAGCCACUUUUUCCUGGUUCUAACUAAGGAGUGAAAAUACAAUGGAUUGACCAAUUUCAUGAACAUUGCCUGAAAAGAUGUUACAUGAAGAAACUACAGACACUUUAAAUACUUGUUGGCCAUAACAAGAAGUUUCUGUUCAUUAUCUUGAUGUUUGUCUACUGAUCUUAAUCAUAUUUUUGUUCUUGUACAUGUUUUUAAAAGUUUGACCUGUGGAACUACCACAUGGUUUACAUUCUUUUAUUGUGACCAAUCACCCAUAUUCUAUGCAUUUAAUGUGCCUUUCUUAAAUUAAACCUUUUUAAUCAAAAUAUGACUAAUGGUUGAGUUUUUGG